GGGGCGGGGCGGAGCGGAGCGGCGGGGGGCGGUGUCGCCGCGGCGUAGGGGCUGCGGCGCGGUGGUCUUUGCGCAAUGGCUGCGUCGGUGUUUUGCUGCCUACGGUGCUGCAGGGACAGCGGGACUGGCCACAUUCCGCUGAAGGAGAUGCCGGCCGUGCAGCUGGACACGCAGCACAUGGGAACAGAUGUUGUCAUUGUGAAAAAUGGAAGAAGAAUAUGUGGGACAGGAGGUUGUUUAGCCAGUGCACCUUUACAUCAAAACAAAAGCUAUUUCGAAUUCAAAAUCCAAUCCACAGGAAUCUGGGGUGUCGGUGUUGCGACUCAGAAGGUGAACCUGAACCAGAUUCCCCUUGGCCGAGACAUGCAUAGUCUUGUGAUGAGAAAUGAUGGAGCCCUGUACCACAACAAUGAGGAGAAAAAUAGGUUACCAGCCAACAGCCUUCCACAGGAGGGAGACGUGGUGGGAAUUACAUAUGACCAUGUAGAAUUAAAUGUAUAUUUGAAUGGAAAAAGCAUGCAUUGUCCAGCAUCAGGCAUACGGGGGACAGUAUACCCAGUUGUUUAUGUUGACGACAGUGCAAUUUUGGAUUGCCAGUUCAGUGAAUUUUAUCAUACUCCUCCACCUGGUUUUGAAAAAAUACUAUUUGAACAGCAGAUCUUUUGAAUGUGUUUGUUUUUGAAUAUUCUAUUUCUGCACUGUCAAAAAGUGUUUACCAUUUAAUAAAGCUUUACCUGAUCUAGAGAUGAAAAUAUAUUCUUAAAAAUGUGCUUGUUAAUGUUGUCUAAGGAACCAAUGUAUUCACUAUACAUCUAAAAGUUUUGAUUUAAAUUACUUAUGCUUUGUGAUAUAAAAAUCAGCAUUUUGAGCAAUUUAUUUAAUUCUUAUUUAAAUAAAUGGAACUAUGGGUUUAUCAGUGUUACAUAAUAAUAUGUAUAUAAAUAUUUAAAAGGGACUUUCUUAUAUAAAAUAUUUGUAUGAAUAGAAAUGUAGAGUUGGGUAGUUUUUGGUCAUAUUCUGAAGUUGAGAACUCAUUAUUAUUUUAAGUGCAUAGCCCAGUAAUUGGGUGUCUUUGUUCUCUUUUAUAUACACUGUAACAGUUGGCAACUUCAUUUUUGGUGAUCUGUUUAUCAUGUUAAUGUACCAUUUUUAUCAACCCUUAAAUUGCUUAUUUUGUUGUGUCAUAUCAUUGCUUUUGAUUUGGUUUGUGAAAGAGAUAAACAGUAAUGAUUAGAACAUUUUGUUGAAGACCAUCAUGCUGUGUAAUUUCAGUACCAGAGUAAGUAAUGGUGUAGUUUACACUGGCAGGCAUAUACUAUGAUGCUUUACAUUUAAAUGAGACUAUUCUUUCAAGAACUUUUAUUUAAAUCUGUGUUUUCUACAAGGAAUAACAAUAGCAAUUAAAGAGUAUUCAGUGCUAUAUAUUAAAUGCAUUCUUCCUGUUUUGUUAGUAUGCAGUAAAUUCAUUUCACCCUUGAUUAUUUUACAGGUUUAAAUACUGUAUUAGUGAGUCCUCUGUGACAUAGCUUUCAGUGAGUCAUUGACCUUAGUUAACCCCCUACGGAAGUGACCAAAUCACCUGUUGAGAUAUAUUCAUUCUCUUUUCAAAUAAGCAUCCCAGAAUGCAUAUGUUUCAUUCCUUUUAUCCACAAGAAGCAGUACAAUAGAUUGUACUGGAAAAAACACAGGCAUUAGAAAUGGAUGAAGAUCUGAAUUAUCGUUCAGCUGUCUAGCACCAUCAGUUGAGCUCCUCGGUGCCUCCAAGCUCCAGGUUUCUCCACUUACAAAAGAGUAAUUAUAUUGACUUGUUAAGAUUCUGUAGCUAGUAAUAAGUUAUGUGUGUAAAACAUCUUGAUUAUCAUAUACACCGAAUAAAUGCAGUUUCCUUGUCCCUGAAGCAGUGAUUUUCAUGCUAUGCCUCACGCCCCAACCCAGAUCCCCAAAUCAGGAACUACUGGGGUUGGCACCAGGAGUCUGCUUGAGCACUCAGGCAGACCUGCUGCAUACUGCAGUUUGAGACUACAGCUCAGGAGAGGAUUCUUGCAGAAAGAUUGCCUGAUAAAAAUUUUCUAAGGCUCUAAGUAUUUUUAGUCAUAAGCUAGAAAAAUCUUGCACAGUAAUUAUUAUUUGGUAGAUAAAAUGUGACAAUGUGUUUUGAAAAUAUCCUUGAGUAACAGGUUUACUUUACAUGUAAAAAAAAUACCACAUUUUAUCUGUAAAGAUAUGUGGAAUUGAACUAGUUAAGUGUUACUUAUUUUUUAAACCUGACUUUAUGUCAUAGUAAUUUUAAUUCAUAAAGAACAUACUUUCUUGAGCAAGUAUAUUAAAGUGAUUUGAUGUUAUCUACCUCUUUGUUUUGUUUAGUGCAUGUUUAUAAUAUAGACUAAUGCUGCUUGUUUGAGGGAAUUGCUCAUUUUUAAAUUUUUUUUCUUUUUUAGUCAAACUCUCACCGUGCAAUUCAGGCUGCCCUUGAACCCACUUUGAAGCCAGGCUGGUCUUGAACUUGCAGCAAUCCUCAGCCUCCCAAGUGCUAGGAUUACAGGCCUGCUCUGCCACAGCACGCUCAUUUUUAACUUCUUUUACCUCCCACCUGUGACUUCACCACCACCCCUGGGGUUUAAACCCAGAGACACACAUACAUACUAGGCAGGACUUUUACCACUUAGCUGCAUCCCCAGUUUAGUUAUGCUUUUAAAAGCCGACUUGUUUCUUUUGCAGUCCUGGGUGUUAAACGCAGGACCUUCACCGUGUGCUACAUCCCCAGUUCUUUUGUACUUUAAAUUUUGAGACAGUCUCACCAUGUCACUAAAUUUUGUAGGCUUGGCUUAAAUUUAUUAUCCUACUGCUUCAACCUCCCAAAGUGCUGGAACUGGAACUUUAGUCUGAUCAUGAGGUAAACGUCAUACAGAUUCCAUAAGGGGAAACAUCCUACAUAAUGCUUGAUGGUGUGCUUCAAAACUGCCAGAAUCAUCAAAAACAAGGAAAGUCGGAGAAACUGCACACCCCAGGCAGGGAGCUUACAGGGGUGUGAAGGGUCAGUGUGAUAUGGUGUCCUGGAUGGAAUCCAGCUAGAGCAAGAGCUCAUUAGGUAAAAACUAAAGCCUGGACAAACCGUGAACUUCAGUUAGUAAUGUACCGAUGCUUGUGUUCACUCACUGUAACAAGUAUAGUAUACCAGUGUAGGAUGUUAAUAACAAGAAACUGGAAGAGGACAUAGUGAGAAUCUUUUCAUUUUUUCUGUAGAUCCAAACUUAAAAAAAAAAAAAUACUUUUAAGAGCUUAUCAAUGUGGGAGAAAUUGAAGCAUUUAAAUAGUAUGGUAUGCUUAGAACUUACACAUCAAAUGGUACUUAUCUAUAAAUAGAUAGGAUGGGAAACAUUCUUGUAUUUUGACACACAAACAACUUCCAUUUAUUUCUGACUGAAUAAACAUUGUCCACUGACUCUCA